CGCGCGGUACAAUAGAGCUGUUGUGCCGUGGUGGUGGACAGAUUGCUGCCCUGGAGAUUCCCACUGUGGUGGGAUACAAAGCCCAACAUUUUCCCCUUACAUACCACCAAAGUCCCCGUUUUUAAAGGUGUGUACUGAAGGUGAUUCCUGGACUGAUUGGUGUCGGGAAUAACGCGGACAGGAGGCAGAAAAUUAAGCUGUGCAGAGUUUUUCAGAGGAAUCCUUUAGCAUGCUCUUCAGUUUGAAAUUUAUGGAUGUUACAGGAUGAAACGUCUCAGGUCCUCGAGCAGCAGCGACAGUUCAGACAAUGAGAGUCCCUCAACCUCCUUCUGCUCCUCCAACAAAUAUGGCGGCAAACCUGAAACCCCCGCCUCCAACCAGAAGAAACCGGCUGAAGUGUUCAGAAAAGACCUGAUCAGUGCCAUGAAGCUGCCUGACUCCCACCAUGUGUCUCCUGAGGACUACUACCUGCUGGCUGACACCUGGAAGAUGGAGUGGGAGAAGGGGGUCCAGGUGCUGGCUAGUCCUGACACGAUCCCUAAGCCGUCACUCAGGGUUGUUGUAGAGAAAUCCAAGGAGGUGCUCUACAGUCAUCAGAGAAAAUACAUCCAGUGCUCGAGCCAGGAGACGACAGAUCCAGGAUACGUCAACAUCAAGGAGCUGGCCGAGGCCAUGUGUCGCUACGAUCUGGAUGACAUGGACCUCUACUGGCUGCAUGCGCUCAACAGAGAGCGACUGUGCAUGGGGGAGGAGCCCAUAGACGAGCUGACGAUGGAGCGCACCAUGGAGGCUCUGGAGAGUCAGUGCCAUGACAACAUGAAUCAUGCCAUCGAGACGGUGGAGGGCCUGGGGAUCGAGUACGACGAGGAUGUCAUCUGCGACGUGUGCCGCUCCCCCGACAGUGAAGAGGGGAACGACAUGGUGUUCUGUGACAAGUGUAACAUCUGUGUCCACCAGGCCUGUUACGGCAUUGUCAAAGUGCCUGUUGGAAACUGGCUGUGCAGGACGUGUGUCCUCGGCAUCGACCCGCAGUGCCUCCUGUGUCCUCAGAAAGGGGGUGCCAUGAAGGCAACACGAGCGGGCACAAAGUGGGCACAUGUGAGCUGUGCACUGUGGAUACCAGAGGUGAGCAUCGCCUGUCCAGAGAGGAUGGAGCCCAUCACCAAAGUGUCCCACAUCCCGCCCAGCCGCUGGUCUCUUAUCUGCAGUCUGUGUAAGCUGAAGACAGGAGCAUGCAUCCAGUGUUCGGUGAAGAAUUGCACCACACCUUUCCAUGUGACCUGCGCCUUCGAGCACAGCCUGGAGAUGAAGACCAUCCUGGACGAGGGCGAUGAAGUGAAGUUCAAGUCUUACUGCCUGAAGCACAGUAAAUCUAAGACUGGGGAGCCUGGCCUGAGUCCAGCUCGCGCUAAACCCCCCGCCGAGUCUGAGAAGGUGGGCCAGCGGGCUCAGAGGCUGCAGGAGCUGGAGGAGGAGUUUCACACUUUGAUCCAGCCGGAGGACCUGGCCCGGGUCCUGGGACUCUCUGAGCGCCUGCUGGACUUCAUCUAUCAGUACUGGAAGCUGAAGAGGAAAGCCAACUUCAACAGAGCUCUGCUGCCCCCUAAAGCCGAUGAGGAGAACAUGAUGCUGCAGCCGCAGGAGGCCAGCAUCCACACGCGCAUGAGGAUGUUCAUGCACCUGAGGCAGGACCUGGAGAGGGUGAGGAACUUGUGUUACAUGGUGAGUCGGCGUGAGAAGCUGAAGGUGCUGCAGAGUAAAGCUCAGGAGCAGAUGUUCAACCUGCACAUGAAGCUCGUGAACCAGGAGAUCGCUGCAGGCCUUCAGUCGUCAUUCCCAGUGGAGAGUAUGCUGUUUCGUCCUCCUCCCAGGAUCACUCUGAAGCUGAAAAUGCCCAAAUCCUCGGCUCUUGGAAAUGGAAGCUCUAAGUCUGGAAACGGACCUCUCUGCCUGGACAAUAGUUUGAAUGUUACUGAGCACACAGGUGAGGGGCUCGGUCAGGGGAAGGGCCUCGGUCAGGGGAAGCCUCAGCUGCACGGCGGAGGGCGAAGGGAUGAACGUUCAAACGGACGCCUGUCUUCCUCAAGCAGCAUGGCGGCACCUGUUAAACUCUCCGGUAAACCCUUAUCCUUGCAUGCAGCGCUGCACGGCCACUCGUCCAACAGUAACGGCAAACUGGAGCAGGAUCGAGCGUGUGCAGUAAAAGCCAACGGCCUCUUGGAGAAGUUAGUGGCUCAGAAGGACAGCUCCUGCCAGACACCCAGUGACCAGGACGCUUCAAAUCAGGCUUUGGACAAGAGCAGCUUCAGGAAAUCUGCCAUGGAGCACUUCGGCAGAUCCUUCAAAGAGGCGACCAUUAACCUGGUACGGACCACAGAGGACCUGCGGGCCUCUGACAAACUGUCCCGAAAGGGCUCAGCCAAGGAGAGAAUAUGGGCCAAACCUGUUUCUGAACAAAAAGUCAAAGGCAGUAGAUCGUACCAGGACAGUGACGGGUACUGCCCCGACCUGGAGCUCAGCGACUCGGAGCCGGAGAGACACAGAGCUAAAGGGAGACACAGGCGACCGGUCGGGACGCCUCAGCAGGACGCUCCGAGGAAAGGAGUCAGCCGUGGGAAACAGUCGCUGGGAUCCAGACACUCCAUGCAGAGGUGACAGCCGUUUGUUCACUCCGCUCACUGCCGCUGUUUACUCCAAAGUGCCGGGCAGUGUCUCUCCAUCAGGGACCAGACCAAGACGCAGAGCUG